UGUAAAUGACUCCGAGAAAACAUCUGAAGAUGAUUCUCCCACUGCCACCGCGUUUGUCGAAGAUAUGGAGGGAAACGCGGAGACGGCGUUGGCUAACAAUGGAACCGAGGAACCGGAGUCUAUCGGUGGUGAAAGAAAGGCUGACGAAACUUCGCUUGAACCAACCAUCGAAGCUUUAGGUUUGGCAGAAAAUACACACCUGUCUCCGAUUGGUGAGCCGUCUCAGGCUACUGCAGAUGUCGUACUUUCAGCGUCUGUCCAUCCCGACCGAAAGCGCGAUCUGUUGCUACAGGCGCGGACCGACCGUAUUAUGUGGAUUCAACAGGCUCCACUACCCUAUAAAAUCUUAUCAGAUUCAAGCGAUCCUUGGAGUCGGGAUGAGCGGUUAACAAAUCUCAAAGACAGUCACGGAGGGAAUCAGCUACCAACUGUUAUUGAAAUUUUGUCAAAUUUAUAUGGCCUGAAUGUUUCGACCACUCCCGAGGAAGUCGCAUCCCGAUUGGAAAUUUCUCUGGGUGAAAAGUUGCAGCGCAAUGAUUCCGCUAUCCCGACGGGGGAGCAUCGUCUGAAUGCGGAGCUAGCUUCACGAAUCGAUGAUCCAGUCUUGAGAGCAUACCAUGUCUUCUUUAACAAACUCAAGAACCCCGCGUGCUCAGCUUUGGUACAAGGUAUGCGAACAUUUUGCAGAAGCUUACAAGACAUAAAUGAUGCUGCUGCGCUAAGUCGCAAAAUGCAGGCUUAUUUGUCGUCAACUAUGUCGGCUUUGAAGAUGCAUGUUGUGUGGAAGAAGGACGGAGUAGAUGAAUAUGUUCGACGAUCGUUCGAGUCUUUUAUUUAUGGACACUGCCGUCACCAUAUAGAAGAUGUUCUAUGGGAUCAAGAAGCCCAAGCCAAGGAGACUGCAUGGCAGCAGCGACUCGAAAGUUUACAGUUCGUCACACCUAAACACCUGGAAGUGGAAUACUUGGAUACUCCCAAUCUCACCAUUAAUCAGAUGCUGGAGGCCCCAAUAGCAGCUUUACUCUCGAUUGAGACGUAUUCAUCCCCCUUUGAAAAAUUGCAAUGCAUUCUGAAGGUAUACCAAUUUGUAAAUGAAUCCCUGACUUCUACUCUCAAUCAAGAUCGUCAGGAGGGUUCUAAAGACAAGCUACCCAGCGCUGACGACGUGUUACCAACUAUCAUUCUCACUGUUUUACGGGCUAAACCCAAGCGAUUGCACCUCAGUUUGCAUGUCAUGGAAGAGUUUUGCUUGUCUGAAUAUCUACGCGGCGAGGCUGGCUACGCUUUUACCAACAUCUACGGAGCUGUUCAAUUUUUGCUCGAUUUGGACAUGAACGAGCCGCAGUCUCUGUCUAUCACUACCGAAGAAUUUCGCUUAGGACUGAAAGCAAGUCAACUCAUAGCAGAAGAGCUACUUGCAGCUAUUCAAGCCAAAAAGCUACCGCCCCUCGACUCAUUGCCACACGAGUCGGGGGAAGAGCAAACUUCAUUGGCAAACAUUCCAGUAUCAGCAGUGCGUUCCGCAAGGCUAAACGGUGAGGCUGUGGACGUUGACUGGGCUUUGGCUUGGCAAAGCGCGAAUGAGAUGUUCGUGUCUGACGAGGUGCCGAUACUCAAAGAAAGUCGUUCAGCUUUGGAGUCUGUGACCGACGUAUUACCGUCCGGCUUUUCGCGAUCGUAUUCGUUUUUAACGACCCGCCCUGAAGACAUCAGAGUUUCGGACUUGGCUCAGCUUCUUUCGGAGUACCGCAUGUUGGUCCACACCACGGAAACGCUCUUCGGAGAGCGAGUUUCUCAGUUAUCGGCCCAACGAAAAUCCAAAAUCUUGGCGAGAGAGAAAGAGAUCUAUUCUCGCGCGCAAAAAGUAGAUCCCUCCCUCUUGCCGACAAAUCGCUCACUGUCGAAAAGUAGCAAGUAG